UUAGCCGUGCUUCAAUCGGGGUAAACUGCAGCGCCGGGAGCAGAGGGAGAAGGGGUAAUUCAAGGUUCAAAAGGAAUGGAAAAUAAUGUGGUGGUAGCGGAACCGAAGCCGGCUCCAAGAGUCGGGGUGGUGUUGAUCCUCCUAAAGGGGAAAUCAGUGCUGUUAGGGCGGCGUCGGGGCACCAUCGGCCACUCCACCUAUGCUCUCCCCGGUGGCCACCUCGAGUUUGGGGAGAGCUUCGAGGAAUGUGCCGCCAGAGAGUUGAAGGAGGAAACUGGACUGGACAUUGAGAAACCAGAGUACCUAACAGUCACCAACACAAUCUUCAGGGAGAUACCGAAACCAGCACAUUACGUUACUAUCUAUCUGCGAGCUGUUUUGGCCGAUACCAGUCAAGUGCCGCAAAAUCUUGAGCCCGAGAAGUGCGACGGUUGGGAUUGGUAUGAGUGGGAUAAGCUUCCGGAACCUUUAUUCCUGCCACUGGAGGAAAUGGUGCGCAGCGGAUUCAAUCCUUUUCCCACUGAAUAAAUAGUUUGACUCUAAGGAUGGUCUGCGGCGCAUGUGGGGCAUAUGGAGGUAAGUGAGACAAAAUUGUCGAAUUAGUCUUAACCUAGGGAUCUGCCACGCUCAAAUUGUCAA